UGACCCUAAACACUUUCUAAAUCGAGAAUACCGUUUUACCCCUUUCCUCAUCUUCUUCCUUAAACCCUAAACCCUACACUCUCUCUCCUCCCCUCUCUCUCUCUCGUCUCUCUCGCGCGCACACACAAAUACAUCAAUUACAUAGAGAAAUGAAUAUCAUUUUCCUUCUGGAACACUCCAAACCUCUCCCACGCCUCCUCCAAACCCUAACCUCCGUUCGCCACAUGGGCGGUGGGCCCCGCACGUUCCCAGGCGGUCUGAACAAGUGGCAGUGGAAGCGCCUUCACGAGAAGAAAGCCCGGGAGAAAGAAAGCAAGCUUCUUGAUCAAGAAAAGCAAAUUUACCAGGCCCGAAUACGCUCCGAUAUUCGCGCCAAAAUAGACGACUCUUCGAGACCAAUUGAGAGCAAUUACAGCCCCAUUUCGCCGAAAGAUCAUGUCAAAGCACUGGCUGAUAGGUUUAUGAAGGAGGGGGCCGAGGAUUUGUGGAAUGCGGAUGAUGGGCCGGUUAAAGUUCCCACCUAUAAGCCGAAUGAGGGUCCGGGGGCUCAGAAUGAGGGGCUUACUAAUGGGAGGAAUUUGGCGAGAAAUUAUGGGGUUGGGGGGUUUGGGGGGUUGGGUGGGGUGUCGAAACCUAGGUUUUAUUCGGUUGGGGCGAGUGUUAGGAAGAGGCCGGGGAGGUAUAGGUUUAGAGGGGAUGAUAGUUCGAGUAGUGAUGCUGAUGAUGGUUCGGAGAUUGAGGCUGAUGGGAAUGCGGGGAGGAAUGUGAAGUGGCCUAGGUUUGGUGUGAAUGGAAUCGUGGAGGAUGGAGAAGGCGAGGAGGAGGGUUCGGGAAGCAAAAAGAUGAUGGUCAGUAGUGCGGCAUUGGGGAAUUAUGAUAGAAAGACUACAAAGAGGAUACCCUUGAAGUUCUUGGAGAAUGAGGAGGAUUUAUCACAGCAUGUGGCGAUGAUUAGGAAGGAAUUUAUAGAGAGGAGUUCGGUAAAGGUUGAGGAGAAGAGUGAUGAGGAAGAAUCUAUUAUGAGUGAGAAAAGGUUUGACGAAUUUGAUGUUUCUCCGUUAACGGUAAAGGCUCUUACUUCAGCUGGAUAUAUUCAAAUGACCAAGGUGCAAGAGGCAACAAUUACUGCUUGCCUUGAAGGAAAGGAUGCUCUAGUCAAAGCUAAAUCGGGCACUGGCAAGAGUGCUGCUUUUUUGCUUCCUGCAAUUGAAACAGUUCUAAAGGCUUCGCGUCUCAAGUCACGCCUACGGGUUCCACCAGUCUAUGUUCUUAUCUUGUGCCCCACAAGGGAACUUGCAAGCCAGUUAUCUGCAGAAGCAAAUGUAUUGCUCAAGUACCAUGAAGGCAUUGGUGUCCAAACUCUAGUAGGUGGAACGAGAUUCAAAGUUGAUCAGAAACGUUUGGAAUCAGAUCCAUGUCAGAUUAUAGUUGCUACUCCUGGUAGACUGCUAGAUCACAUUGAAAACAAGUCUGGUCUGUCAACACGUUUGAUGGGACUGCAUCUCCUUGUAGUUGAUGAGGCUGACCAUUUACUGGACCUCGGAUUUCGUAAGGACAUGGAGAAAAUUGUUGAUUGUUUGCCCCGUCAGAGGCAAUCCUUGCUUUUUUCUGCUACAAUUCCGAAAGAGGUUCGUCGAGUAUCACAGCUUGUACUACAAAGGGAACAUGCUUAUAUUGACACAGUAGGACUGGGUUUAGAAACUCAUGCCAAGGUUAAUCAGUCGUAUCUUGUUGUACCACAUGAACAGCAUUUUCAAAUGGUUCUCCAUCUUUUAAAGGAACAUAUCUCUCAAGUGGUUGAUUACAAGGUGGUUGUUUUUUGUACAACUGCAAUGAUGGCUUCUCUCAUGUUUGCCCUCCUUCGUGAGUUGAGGCUGAAUGUCAGAGAGAUGCAUUCUAGAAAACCUCAACUUUAUCGCACACAUAUCUCUGAUGAAUUCAAGGAAUCAAAACGGCUGAUUCUUGUUACAUCUAAUGUUUCGGCUCGUGGGAUGAACUAUCCUGAUGUUACUUUGGUUAUCCAGGUAGGUAUUCCUUCUGAUAGGGCGAAUUACAUACAUCGUGUUGGAAGAACAGGGCGAGAAGGCAAAGCAGGAGAAGGCAUCUUGCUGGUUGCACCAUGGGAAGUACAUUUCCUGGAUGAGAUAAAAGACCUUUCUCUUGCAAAGAUCUCAUUACCACAUUUGGACCCAGAUAUGAAAUCAAAGGUGGAGGACUCGAUGGCAAAGGUUGAUGCUAGUAUCAAGGAAGCAGCUUAUCAUGCUUGGUUGGGUUAUUAUAACUCAAACACGGAAAUAGGCAGGGAUAAGACCACACUCGCUGAACAUGCAACCAAAUUUUGCAGCUCAAUGGGAUUAGAAAGACCUCCUGCACUAUUCAGGAAAACAGCUCUAAAGAUGGGUUUGAGAGGCAUUGACGGCAUUCGAAUACGUAAGUAGCACAUCAUAAGAAUAUCAUCUUAUAUUUUUGUACAUGCUUCAUGUCAGAGGAAGUUGGCUGCAGCCAUUAAUAAAGAACAAGUAAUUAUUUUCAUACAA